UGAAAAUUUAGUUUCCUUUGACAACCAUGGCAGUGAAGUUUGCUUAUUUUCUCCUACUAAUCAUAAUAUCCAUCCUGCGAUCUGAACAACAGACAUUGAGGGAACUGAAGAAAAGAAAUGUAGCAAAACCCAUAAGCCUGCAAACCAUUACCGAAGCUGAAAUUAAAGCUUACAUGGACAAUCCAGCUAACAAACCAAAACUGGACUUCAAGCCCACUGGAAGAUAUCCCCAGACAAAUCGUGCGGGCCUCAGUGAAUAUCAUCUCGCGCCGCAGAUCCUCGGUGGCACAAAUGCGUCGCAGAAACAGUUUCCGUGGGUCGCUUACAUGGCUUGUGACGACCGUUGGCUGUGCAGUGGUGCCGUCAUUUCUGCAGAUUGGAUUUUGACCGCUGGCAACUGCGUUUACGACAUCAAUGAGUUUGAAAUCUACGUUGGCGGGGUCGAUUUAGAUGUGGAGGAAAAAUUUGAGCAAAUCGUUUUCGCGGAUAAUUACUAUUUACACCCUAACUACAGUCAAAUCACUUUUGAAAAUGAUAUUGCCCUCAUCCCCGUCAACUUAACCUUCAACGACUACUAUUAUCCGUACAUUCGACCGAUUUGCCUACCAAAACUGUCUCAGACUUCAAAUACCUUUACAAAAGUGUCAGCCGUAAUUGCUGGCUACGGAAACCUGGCGGAUGAUUCUGCAACAGACGGUUCCAGGUUCAUGCAAUACGUCACUUUAAGAACAGUGAACAACGCCGUUUGUGUCGCUAACUUUGGAGUUAGCCAAUUUUAUUCUACUAAUAUUUGCACCAGCCCCCAUCCCACUAAGGCGCCUUGCCAUAAUGACGAAGGAGCUCCUUUGAUGUACAGAGACCCGGAAACCGGCAGAUACACGGUCAUCGGGAUAUAUUCCUUUGGAUCAAUUUAUUCGUGCGCUAAUCGUCCAGCAGCGUACACACGUGUCUCCAGCUUUCUGGGCUGGAUUUCUCAAGUGACGAACUUGGCAAUCAGACCGUGAAAUACAUCAUGCCGUUUUUUUUAAGUGAAAUAAAGUGCCUGGAUCGGCAAGAUUGAUAU